UAAAAAAAGAAGAUUGUUUGUUCGGCUUUGGGUGUCAGCCGCUUUGUAAAAAUUUUAUUGUGAUAAAUAUAGAAUUAAUCAGUGAUAUCGUCGUGUAAGUGAAUAGAACAUGAAAUAACAAACAUGCAAUGAGUUUACUAUUGUGGCUCCUCGUGUAUUUUAUGUGAAAGAUAGCUUCUUCCGCCAUGACUGUAGUUCACUUGGUGAGGAAGUGCCCCGUAACAUUUGCGCUUUAUUUCGGGUGUAUUGCACUUUGUUAUCCGGUUUUAGCUCAAGAUGUGGCAGAGAUUCUGGACUUAUCAUCAAAGGGUGAGCUUGGUGGGUCAUCUAACAUAAGCUGCAGUGUUGCUCCGAGUGAGGUUCAGGUGGAAUGGCUUUAUAAUGGGGCACCUGUGAAAUUUAAUGAGAGAAUCAAAGAAAACACUGAAGAGAAACUAUUGCACAAAAAAGACUUAGACGGGAACCAGCAGAAAUAUAGACUCAGUAACGUGUCGAUAACAAACACAACAGCCAGCGAUGAUGGGAACUACACGUGUGUAGCGAAACUGGGGGAGAAGAGGUCAGAUAAAAUGGUCAUACUGGAUCUAAGUUUUCCCGGAAAAUUGGUGAGGAACACGGCCGGUCCUAUCAAGCAGAAUGCGUCCGACCAGGUCAAUGUCACGUUGGAGUGUGUUUUUGAAGUAUAUAAACCCAGCGAAGUGAAAUGGUGGAAACAGGGCAAAGAUGACGAAAUAACAGAUCUUACAACGAAGCCGCCUAACAAAAUUAGUCUAAAAGAAAUCCAAAGUAACUACGACCUUCGGAUACACAGUCCCGAAGACAACGGGACCUACAUCUGUCAAAUAUUCGACAAUGUGACGUCACUAAAUAUCACCGGAAACGUUGACGUCAUAGUCUUCGCUCCACCCCAAGUCGUGAUAGACACGGUGAUACCCAUCAGCGCUUCACAACUUUUCGUUAACUGGACAGUGAGGUCGUACAACUCGCCAAUAAGGUUCUACAACCUAAUGUAUAGGAAAUUACCCUCGACGGAUUUCAGUCUUUACACAAGAGAGAAAAUUGGAGUCAAGAAUAUAUCGUUUGUCAUGGAAGGCUUAGAGAAGUCAACGAAAUACCAAUUAAAGUUGGAAGUGACCACUGUGCACGGUCAGAGCAAGCCACACAUAUAUGAAUCGACCGUUCGGACUUUGGACAGAGAUCCUAUAUUCGUCCCGAAUAUUUCCAUCAAUGGAUUUUCGGCGACAUCGGUGACUAUCGGUUGGGCUCCUCCGCCGGAGGAUAUAGCUGAGCUGAUACACUAUUACCUCCUCGAAGCGAGGAAGAUGGGCGAAGUGGCUCCACGAAGGGCUUAUCACUCGAGGGAUAGCCGUAACCUGCCGUAUAUGUUUGAUAACUUGGAGCCACAUAGCACGUAUGUUUUCAGGGUUUGCGCCUGUUCAGACUUCACAAAGCGGUGCGGCAACUGGUCCAGUGAAAUGCAGGCAGCCACCCUGGACGGGAUACCCGGUCGAGCUGCCAAUGUGACCGUCCAUUGCGCGAGCAGCUGGAUCAAUCUCACCUGGCAGCCUCCUUUGAAGCCCAAUGCUGAAAUUAAAGGAUAUACGAUGGAGUUGACAGGAAACGCCACAUACAGAGACCGGUAUGGCUCCGUCAAGGAAGCCAUGUGGGGCCCACUUACCAAGUUCAAAGCUAAUGAUUCCAGGAGUGUUCGGUUCGAAGAUCUCCAACCGAACACAAACUACACGGUACGCUUGAGUGCGAUGACUCGAACCCGUAGACGAGGUGAAGAAGAGACAAGGUAUUGCUCCACUGCGCCGGCGCCGCCUGAUUCACCACCGAGACCUAGGUGGAGGAAGAUACUGGAGAACGAUAGGUAUAUGUUUACCAUGUAUCUCCCAAGGAUAUCGGAAAGGAAUGGACCCAUCUGUUGUUAUAGAGUGUACAUGGUGCGUCUUCUGCCGCGCUCUGAUUGGUCAAACCUGCCUCCUGCCCGAGACAUCAGUGUGAUCCAGUACGAGGAAGCUCAUGCCGUGCAGCCCGUUUUGGGGGCUUAUAUCACCGAUGUCUUCUCCAAUGAUAGAUUCCCUCCAGACUCAGAAGUUAUUCUGGGCGACGGGAAAUCCAUUUUCGACAAGGAAGAUCCGGGCAUCGUUCUGCCGUCUUGCAAAAGAUGUCUCCGUAAACCGCGUCGGUUCUUAGACGCCCCUGCAGUUCCUAAGACAACUACCACUGUCCCGACAACUAGAGAUGACCUGUUCGAGGAGGAGAUCGAUACUACUGCCGAACCAGAUUUAGAAGAGGAGAAAAGAGAGAGAAGAUCGUACGUGGAGAUUGAAAGAGACUACAUGAAGAACCCAAUGAUGAUGGACAAAUUGGUGGAUGAGGAGCAGGAUUGGGAAGAGGUGAUCGUGAGGGAUGGCAUCUUGGAUCUCGCCGCUAACUACACGUUAUUCGUCGAGCUCAUACCUGGCAACGAACAAGACGAGGCCAUCUACAGCGAAUACGUGAACGUGCUGAUGCCCGCUGCCACGCCCCGUCCGUCUACGCACAACGCCACCUUGGAAAUUGCUCUACUGGUGACGUGUGCGGUGGCCGGCCUGGUGAUUGUGGUGAUGGUGGGAGUGUGCGUGGUGCAGAGCCGAUCUGCGAGGAAACUGCCGCCUCAUCCGCAUCACGCCAAUCUCGAAAUGAAUCCCAUACAGGCGGCGUUGCGAUACGUAGUCGGUCAUAUCGGACGUCAGACGACCGGAAGUGCCACGCCCCCCGACUUGCCUCCGAUACCGAGAGAUCAGCUUCCCGCCGCAUACGCCGAACGUCAGGCUGACUCUGACUAUGGCUUCCAAAAGGAAUUCGAGUUGUUGCAGAUGCUGCCCGAGUGUUUCCCGGACAGGACCAGCCACGCCUCCGAAGCCCGGGAGAACCAGCCGAAGAACAGAUACCCGGACAUCAAGGCUUACGAUCAGACCCGGGUGAAACUCGCCCAGAUCGACGGAAUUAGUGGCAGUGACUACAUCAACGCCAACUAUGUGAUGGGAUAUAAGGACCCCUCGGACCACAACCAGGAGCGGAAGAAGUUCAUCUGCGCCCAAGGCCCAACGGAGACCACGGUGAACGACUUCUGGCGGAUGAUAUGGGAACACGGCUUGGAACUGAUCGUGAUGCUGACCAACCUGGAGGAGUACUCCAAGGUGAAGUGCAGCAAGUACUGGCCGGACGAGGUCCGCGGGAGUCGGGCCUUCGGGAAUAUCACGGUUCAUCAUGUUUCCGAGAAGAGAUAUUCGGACUACAUAGUCCGGGAGCUGAGGAUAUCGAAGCAGGCUUUGAACUCUGAUGGCCAACCGGUGGUUGAGAAUAAUGGAAACGCGAAACGAAACGGAGAUUGCGGCAUGGGCGAGCUGAGCGCCCCGACGUCUCCCCAGACGAAGAGCGAAAGCCGUCUCGUGCGUCAGUACCACUUCCUCAUGUGGAAGGACUUCGCCGCGCCCGAGCACCCUCACUCUAUACUCAAGUUCAUCAAGCGCGUGAACGAGGCGUGGUCGGUAGCAGUGUCCCGAGAAGUAGUGGUCCAUUGCUCGGCCGGGGUGGGUCGAACCGGGACAUUGGUGGCUCUCGACUGCCUCUUGGAGCAACUACGCGAUACCAACUGCGUGUCCGUCUUCAACUGUGUGGCUGAGCUGCGGGCGCAGAGGAAUUUCCUUGUGCAAUCACUGAAACAAUACGUGUUCGUAUACCGUGCGUUAGUGGAGUACGCUCACUUCGGGGAUACGGAGAUCCCGGCCUCGCGGCUCAAGAGCGCCAUCGACAGACUCCGGAACACGCCCGAGGGCAGCGACAAGAGCCUCAUGGAAAUGGAGUUUGAGAAAUUAGUCCGUCCGCCAGUUAUCGAGAGCGCCAAGUCGUGUGCGGCGGGAGGCGGAGAGGAAGUGAGAUCUCGGAACAGAUCCGCCGAUUGUCUGCCCUACGACCGGAACAGGGUCAUCCUGGCACCUUUGCCCGGUCGGGACUACUCCACGUACAUCAACGCGUCGUUUAUCGAGGGUUACGACAAUUCAGAAGGCUUCAUAAUCACACAAGACCCACUCCCCAACACCAUCAUGGACUUCUGGCGAAUGGUCUCCGAGCACAAUGUCUCCACUAUCGUCAUGCUCAGCGAGUUGGGUGAAGGCAAGUGUCCGCGGUACUGGGACGACGGGACGGUGCAGUACGAGCACAUCUCGGUGGAGUACGAGGAGAGCGAGUCCUGCCCCUAUUACACCAGGAGACACUUCACCAUUACCAAUAACAAGAGCGGCGACUGGUGCGCCGUGCGGCAGCUGCAGUACCACGGCUGGCCGACGGCGGCGGGUCACGUGCCCGAAGUCACGCGGGGCCUGUGCGAGCUGGCCGAGCGCACGCAGCCAUCCGACCACGACAACACGCGGCCCGUCUUGGUGCAUUGCCAAUACGGCACGGAGCGGUCGGCCCUGUUCGUGGCGCUGUGCAUCCUGACGUGGCAGCUCCGAGUCGAGAGACGCGUGGACGUGAGCGCCGUCGCCCGGAAGCUGCGCUCGCAACGGACCAACACCAUCGACACUGUGCUCCAAUACGAAUUCCUCCACCGUGCCAUACUGAACUACGCGGAGCUCCACAAUCUACUGGACGACAGCUAAACAGAAAAUGAUGAAUUCGGGGCGAUUUGUGAGACACAAAUAUAGGUGUAAUCUUUUCUAAUGACCUUUUGUACUGAUUAACGAAAUCGAUCUAUUUUUUUAUACUUUUGUUACAUUUCUCACUGACGAUUAUGUCCUCGAUGUACGUUGUCCUUUUUCCUAAUUAGGUUAUGAUUUCCAAAAAACAAAGAUAUUUUUUAUAUCGUCAGUGAGAAAGGAAUUCUUUGGUUCAUACUUUGUGCGUUCGGUGGGGCGUUUUUGUCGAUGACGGCCCCCUAUCGUGUACUUUUAGUACUGUUUUUACACAAAUUAUGGGUGCUAAGUUCGAUUGAGAUUUUGGACUUUUCCUAUAAAAAUCACGAAAUCACCCUCAGCGACAAUUGGCAGGUAGAGUUGUAAGUUUGUCUCGAAGCGAGGAGAUCUGACGGUUUUGUUAUACUUUUUGUUUUUAGUUUCCAGAUAUUAAGGUUUAGUAUUAAGUACACGCUUGAUGUAUCCGCUUUGCGAGCGUUUAUUUAUAUUGGUAUUAAUCAACGGGCUGGGUAAUAAAAUGGUUACUUCACAAUGUUUAAUACUUUCGAAAUGUCGAGCGAGGAGUUUGUAUUUUUUGCUUUUGGCAUUUUUGUGAUCAAAUCUAUCCUAAAUUCCCAUUUUAUUACCCUGGUCUUCUACCAAUUGCAACUAUGUCCAAAGAGAAAAAUUGUAUUUAUUUUUGGUAAAGGAGCGGCCGGACGAAGCAUUUUUUGUUUCUUUUUAGGGUUUAUGAAACCUGGCCAAAAUCUAUGCCCCGACGCGUGCAUGCUGAAAGUCAUUGUAAAUAUCACAUUAAAAAGUAUAAUGCAUGCAAUUUUAUU